AAUUGGAUGACAUUUUAGCCCAAGGUCAACAAAAUCAAGACACUGCAAAAAGAUCGAUAGAUGCAUACAUCAAUUUUGUCUCAAAAUUUCAAGCAACAACACGUAACGAAUUGAAUGAAUUAUUGGUGAUCUAUAAUAUUUUGUGCCUCUCGGGCAAAGAUAAUCCAACGAUAUUUAAAUUAAUGAUUAGUCCUCGAGAGCAUGGCUUUAUUUUGAAGCUGAAGGAACGUAUUUGUGAUUUAGACAAACAUAUUUGUGAUUUAGACGAACAUAUUUGUGAUUUAGACAAAGGCAUUUUUGAUGAUCAAUUUUUUGACUAUCUCCUUAACUUGGUAGAGAAUACAAGAGAUGAAGAGGAUGAAACCUUUAAUUAUUCAGUUAUCCAUUUGAUGUUGUCGUUAAAUGAACAAUUUAUGCUAGCUGUCCACGGAAUGAUCGAUGAUGAGGAUAAUUAUUUAAAUCACAAUACUUUGAUAAGAGUGUUGUCUGCACGUAUUGGGACUAGUAAAACCUUUGGAGAAAAUGUAAUAUUCAUGUUUAAUCGUGCAGAAACAACUGAAUACUUUUAUACGAAUGACUUACGUGUGGUGAUUGAUGUUUUCAUUCGAGAACUUUACGAUUUACCAGAAGAGAGUGAAGCGAUUUAUAAUUUGCUUUCAGAUUUAAGUGGUGCUUCUACUGAACAUUUCAAGCCAGUACCACAAAUGACACAAAAGUUAGUGAAGACAUGCUUAAUGUCAGAAUAUUUCGAGGGAAUUGCUCCUAAUAAAUGUAUUAAUGGAGUGAACAUCAUGCCAACUUUAAAUUCAAUGAUGUUUGAAACUAAUGGGUCUACGGUUACAUCAAACGGAAAUGAUGUUCCUGCUCAAGGAAUGUUACUUCAUGGA